AUGGAGAGAUAUGUUAUGCUUCUCUUGUCUGACAUAAACUCUGCCUUUGAUGGCGUGUGGUGACUGAACGUUCUCUUUGGGAUUAUUUUGUAACCUGUAGCGAUAACAAUGUCCUAAAUAGAAGUUUAUUUAAUAUCAGAUAAGCUUUGUUUACGUUGUUGAAAAACUAGAGUUCUAUUGAGAUUUAAAUAAAAAUAAAUUGAUGUUUUAAUGAGUUUAUAAUGGUUCUAAUAAAAUUAUUGCACAGUGCUGUCAGGAGUUAUAGAUUGAGAGCUGGAAACGGAAAAUUCAAUAGUGGUAUCAGUAAAAGAUUACAAAUAAUCAAAGAACAUCAUCCAGAUAUAGAGAAUGUAGAUGUUACUGAAGAUAGCAUAGAUAAUUUAGAGAGUGGAAUUACAAUACCAAAUGAAAGAGUGGAGAAAAAUCAUAGGGUCGUUGAGUUCAAGAAAAUUGAGAGAAAGUUCUUCAAAAAAGAGGUUUAUCCCUCUUUAUUAACGUGGUCUGAAAAGGAGCAAAUUAGGUAUCUGUAUAAUUUGGAUCCCACAAUUUGGUCUCCAGAAAAACUAUCUGAAAGCUUUCCCGCUACUCCAGAAAUUAUUAAGAAAUUAAUCAAAUCUCAGUGGAAACCAAUGACCUCUCAAAGAAUACUUCAUCAUGAUACUGCUGUUAAAGAAAACUGGAAAGCUGUGGAAACUGGUCGUUUGAAACUUCCUGAUUUCUUACAUACUCAUAUUAAAAGUUUUAUAUCAAGGAAAAAAACCCUCGAUUUGCCUGUUCCGGAUAAAUCUAUUCAGACUUACAAUCCUUCGCCUGCCUCGUCAGAAUUUCUGGAUAUAGUAAAGAAUUUUAAGGACAACUCAUCACUAUCUAGUCCCCAAAAUAAAAAUGAAUGUUUUGUUGAUAACAAUUUUACUCCGUCCCACAAAGGAGAAACAUAUGUUUUAAACCAAAAAAAUACUGUUCUUCUCAAACACAAAUAUUAUACUCUUCAUCAGUUAAAAAAAGAAUUGUCCAAUAACAUCCCUAAUGGUGGUGGAAUUGAAUUUAAACAAACGAGUACUGAUAACUUUGUGGAAAGUCAACCUAAGAUAGAUUCAGAACUGCUACGAAAGCCUCUAAAUGUUUUACCUCCUGCCAAGAAUAUGAAGAGUAUUGCUGAAACUACUGUGAUUUCUAAACAUAUUGAUAAAGUACCAUUGAAGAUAAUAAUACCAAAAGAUAAGAUGGUGAAGUCUAAAACCCAUGUUUAUAAAGUAAAUGAUUGCUACUAUGAUUCUAAUGGUGAUUUCAUAUAUAAGGUUCCUGGUAUGAUCUGAAUUACCAUAUAAAAUUCACUGCUUUCUUACAGUAACUUAUGUGUUGAGUGUAUUUCGAAAAAUAUGGUGACAGCUCAGCUAAUUAAUUAUAUGUUAUAUAAUGUAAAAAAUCAGAUUGUUAUUUUUCUUUAAUAUACUAUUUAUUUUUCUACUUUAAA